AUGGCCUCUACAGAGGCGACCAAUCCUUUCCAAGACCCUUCGCCCGGAGAAAUUCGAGCCCAAGGUCACGAUCAAGCCGCCCUCGCAGCAUCAGCGCCUCAAUCCACCAGUCCCCAACAACACGCUUCUACCACACUUGAUGUAGGGAGGAAUGCUUCCUUGACUCUCGCAACAGACUCGCUGGUUAUCCAGGGUAUGAAUGGAGGAUCUACGAAAGACAAAGAGGGAAAAACCACACGCUCGAUUCCUUUCUAUAAUAUACUAUGGGCCGAACGAUCCGACAGUGGUGAUAUUACCAUACAGUAUGCCCACACCGUUUCCAAGACGGUUGUUCGCCCCGCAAUAAUAAGUUACUCGAUCGACAAACCAGACAGCAGUGCAAUUGAGGCAUGGAUUCAAAGUCUGCUCGAUCGCGCAUAUGGUACCUCGCAGCGGCGCAAGCGCAUCAAGGUGCUCGUUAACCCAUUUGGUGGACAAGGAGGAGCCGUCAAGAUGUACCACAAACACAUUGCGCCUAUACUAGCAGCUGCAAGGUGCGAAUUAGACAUGGAGAAAACUAUGCAUAAUGGUCAUGGGAUUGAGGUAGGUCAAAAACUGGACAUCGACGCCUACGAUGUGGUAGCUUGCUGCUCUGGGGAUGGUAUACCCCAUGAAGUCUGGAACGGAUUGGGCAAGAGGGAAGACGCUGCUCGUGCUCUGGUCAAGAUCGCCGUGACUCAGUUGCCAUGCGGUUCUGGAAAUGCCCUGAGUCUGAAUUUCAACGGCACCAACAGUCCAAGUCUUGCAGCGUUGGCGGUAGUCAAGGGCCUUCGAACCCCCUUGGAUCUCGUAUCCGUUACUCAAGGUGACAAACGUACGCUCUCUUUCCUCUCCCAGUCGGUGGGCAUUGUCGCAGAGACGGACCUGGGUACCGAAAAUCUACGAUGGAUGGGCAGCACUCGCUUUACUUACGGCAUUGUCACGCGCCUGCUGCGACAGAGCGUGUAUCCUGCGGACAUAGCCGUCAAAGUCGAGCAUGACAACAAAGCGGCAGUCCGAGAAGUCUACCGUACCGAGGCCUCUAAACCAGGUCCUCACUGCGACGAGCGUGAACUGCCUCCAGUCAACACCGGCUUACCCGCACUCCGAUACGGCACCGUGCAAGACCCGCUCCCCGAAUCGUGGACCUUGGUCCCUCACGAUCAUCUCGGCAACUUUUACGCUGGCAAUCUCGCCUACAUGUCUGCUGAUGCCAACUUCUUCCCCGCCUCGCUCCCUUCCGACGGCUGUCUCGAUCUCGUUCGUAUCCGUGGAGAUCUCAAACGCACAAAAGCCAUCAAUACCUUGCUAGCUGUAGCAGAGCACAAGUUUUUCGAUAUGGACCAUGUGGAUUAUCAGAAAGUGACUGCGUACCGUAUCAUACCGCGCAACCAAAAGGACGGAUAUAUUAGCAUCGAUGGAGAGAGGAUACCCUUUGAGCCCUUCCAGGCUGAGGUGCAUUGUGGACUGGGGACGGUGCUGAGCAAGAGCGGCCAUCUUUUUGAGGCGAAGGGUGUUUGAAGCUGUUAUAAGAGAUAGAGAUGCGUUGUAAUACCCAUUGUAAUACCCAUUGAUUUUUCUUCUUCUUUGUCUCUUUUCUGUAUGCUGAUUUCCAGUAUGUAUGUAUAGAGCUGUUAAAGUUUGCGUUUGCAGUAUCCAUCUUGUUCGUUGAGUUUUACUCCCUGAACCACACUCCCUAGUGGUUUCCGGCCUACAAGGAUAUCGUUGAUUGUAAUCAUGUUGCGCGCGUAACUUCAAGGGGCACGGUGAGUGCAUACAAGUGACGUAUAC